AUGGAAAAUUAUCAGAAGAUUGAGAAGGUUGGAGAAGUAGGCACGUAUGGUGUGGUCUACAAAGCCCGUGACCUGUCCAAUGGUGGUCGAAUUGUCGCCCUGAAGAAGAUUCGCCUGGAAGCCGAAGACGAAGGUGUCCCUAGCACGGCCAUCCGAGAGAUCUCCCUCCUCAAAGAAAUGAACGACCCCAACAUCGUUCGAUUGCUAAAUAUUGUUCAUGCGGACGGCCACAAGCUGUAUCUAGUCUGUGAGUUCCUUGACCUCGAUCUCAAAAAAUACAUGGAAGCCUUGCCUGUGUCAGAUGGUGGCCGCGGUAAGGCUCUUCCCGAGGGAUCGGCAGUAGACAUGCAGCGAUUGGGCCUGGGUAAAGACAUGGUCAAGAAGUUCAUGGCGCAACUAGUGGAGGGAGUACGAUACUGCCACAGCCACCGCGUUUUACAUCGAGACCUUAAGCCACAGAAUUUGUUAAUCGACAAGGAAGGCAACCUCAAGCUGGCUGAUUUCGGACUUGCACGAGCAUUUGGUGUCCCUCUACGCACAUACACCCAUGAGGUGGUCACUUUGUGGUACCGUGCUCCAGAAAUUCUUCUUGGUGGCCGACAAUACUCUACAGGCGUUGACAUGUGGUCGGUAGGAGCCAUCUUUGCUGAGAUGUGCACUCGAAAACCGCUGUUCCCUGGUGACUCCGAAAUCGAUGAGAUAUUCAAGAUCUUCAAGCUCCUCGGCACACCAGACGAGUCAACCUGGCCAGGCGUUACAACUUUCCCCGACUUCAAGACAUCCUUCCCCAAGUGGCGCCGCGAGGCCACUAGCAGAAUUGUUCCAAACCUCGAACCUGCAGGCCUUGAGCUUCUGGAUGCAUUGCUCGAAUACGAUCCUGCACAUAGGCUCUCGGCCAAAGCAGCCUGCACUCAUCCUUAUUUCGCCGCUGGCUCGGCUGCCUAUUCACAGCGGACAAAUGGGCCUCCGAGGGUCAAUGGCUACCAUUGA